UUUCUGUUAUGUGUGCCAUGGUCUCAACCCAGCAGUGUUGACAAUAGGGUGAAAAAGAAUCAGCCCAGAAUCAUAAACGAGCUAAGGAAAAAAACCAUAAAAGAUAAAAAAAAAUAAUCCUGGGGGUUUAGGGCAAUUUGAAUCAGUAACAGGAAUGUAAUUGCGUUACCGUAAUCGUUUUAUACAGCCGUGCUUUGUUAUUAAUGGGAGUUUGAGGAUUAUUCCGUUGGAAAGAAGAAAAAGCUACUCGUGGGUUCGGCUGUUUCAGGCCAGAUUUUCCUGCUGUUUUGCACCGAGCUGGAGGGUUAGCCGUAACGGUUCGCCCCGAUAGACCCCCCCCCCCUCCCAAAAAACAUAGGAUAACUCCUCCGCCGCCGUCUCCGUUGCGAACCACAGAGGAUCAAGCAGGGCUAUGUCCUCGGCAGCCACCACGUCUCCAUCAGUGGACAAAGUGGACGGAUUUUCACGGAAGUCUGUCAGGAAGGCCAAGCAGAAGCGGUCGCAGAGCUCGUCCCAGUUCCGCGCUCAGGGCAAACCCAUAGAGCUCACGCCCUUGCCCCUGCUCAAGGACGUGCCGGCGCCGGAGCAGCCGGAGCUGUUCCUGAAGAAGCUGCAGCAGUGCUGCACCGUCUUUGACUUCAUCGACACGCUGUCCGACCUCAAGAUGAAGGAGUACAAGCGCUCCACGCUCAACGAGCUGGUGGACUACGUCACCGUCAGCCGGGGCUACCUGACGGAGCAGGCCUACCCGGAGGUCGUCAAAAUGGUCUCUCACAACAUAUUCCGGACCCUUCCGCCCAGCGACAGCAACGAGUUCGACCCCGAGGAAGACGAGCCCACGCUCGAGGCGUCCUGGCCACACUUACAGUUGGUUUACGAGUUCUUCAUCCGGUUCUUGGAGAGUCAGGAAUUCCAGCCCAGCAUUGCCAAAAAGUACAUAGACCAGAAGUUUGUCCUACAGCUCCUGGAGUUGUUUGACAGCGAGGACCCUCGGGAGAGAGACUACCUGAAGACAGUCUUGCAUAGAAUCUACGGCAAAUUCCUGGGUCUGAGGGCUUUUAUACGAAAACAGAUCAAUAAUAUUUUUCUACGUUUUGUCUACGAGACGGAGCACUUCAACGGGGUGGCCGAGUUGCUGGAGAUCCUGGGCAGUAUAAUCAAUGGUUUCGCUCUGCCACUGAAAGCGGAGCAUAAACAGUUUCUGGUCAAAGUGUUGAUCCCCCUCCACACGGUCCGGAGUCUGUCCCUCUUCCACGCACAGUUGGCGUAUUGCAUUGUACAGUUCCUAGAGAAAGACCCAACAUUAACAGAACCAGUCAUCAGAGGGUUACUGAAGUUCUGGCCAAAAACCUGCAGUCAAAAAGAGGUGAUGUUUCUAGGGGAGCUCGAGGAGAUCCUGGACGUCAUCGAGCCCACACAGUUCGUCAAGAUCCAGGAGCCGCUCUUCAAGCAGAUCUCCAGAUGCGUCUCCAGCCCACACUUCCAGGUGGCGGAGCGAGCUCUGUACUACUGGAACAACGAGUACAUCAUGAGCCUGAUCGAGGAGAACUCCAGCGUCAUCCUGCCCAUCAUGUUCUCCAGCCUCUACCGGAUCUCCAAAGAGCACUGGAACCCGGCCAUCGUGGCGCUGGUCUACAACGUACUGAAGGCCUUCAUGGAGAUGAACAGUACCUUAUUCGACGAGCUCACAGCCACUUACAAGUCGGACCGCCAGCGUGAGAAGAAGAAGGAGAAGGAGCGGGAGGACCUGUGGAAGAAGCUGGAGGACUUGGAGCUGAAGCGGGGCCUUAGGAAUGACGGCAUCAUCCCCACUUAACGAAGACCGCGCCGCGCUCCUCCCCCCCCCCCGGCCUUGUAACUCCCCCGGCCCUUCAUUCUUCGCUUCCCCUCAA